AUGCUGUGGAAACAAUUUCUCGUGCAUUCCUCUUUCUUUACGGGUAUUGCAGUAUCAGCCUCAUUGAGCCAUGUGCUCCAUGAGAAGCGAGAAAUCCCUCUGCCACACGAGGGACGGCGCGUCCAUGGCGAUUCUAUCAUCCCCGUACGCAUUGGUCUCAAGCAGACGAAUCUCCAUACUGGCUAUGAACGACUGAUGGAUAUCUCGCAUCCCUCUUCCCCUAACUACGGCAAACAUCUGUCCAAGGAGGAAGUGCAUUCGAUCUUCUCCCCUGCCGAGGAGACACUGGAGACCGUGAAGAGCUGGCUGCUCAGCUCUGGCACUGUAAGCGAAAGCGACAUUAUCGAAUAUGAGAAUAAGGGCUGGAUCGCUAUCGACAUGCCCGCUAAACACGCCGAAAGCUUGUUAGGGACCACUUUCUACGAACUGGAGGGCUCCAACGGCGAUGUUCGCAUUGGAUGUGACGAAUAUUAUCUUCCAGUUCACGUUUCAGACCACGUUGACUAUAUAAAGCCUGGCGUGAAGCUUUCGCCUCCACUAAAGAAAAAGAAGAGGUCAUUUGGGAAACGUGCAAGCAGAGCCGGCAAAGCUUCUCAAGGCGGUCAUACUCUACCGCAUGUUCAACCACCAAAUGACCCGAGCUGGGCACUUCCACCCGCAGCUAAAGGCUUGCCCCCGGCUCUUCAGAACUGCGGCGUCAAUAUUACUCCAACCUGUAUCAAGGCCUUGUACGGAUUACCAGAUGCAACCCACAAGCAACCAGAAAAUGCCAUGGGUCUUUUUGAAACAUCGGAUACUUUCUCCCAAGAGGAUAUAUCUCUUUUCUUCCAACACUUUGCAACCAAUGUCCCCGCCGACACGAAGCCUAAAGUCAUCUCCGUUGAUGGUGGUAGCGCCCCUGUUGCUCCCUCUAGUUCACUCAAUGGUGGAGAAUCCGAUAUCGAUCUGGACCUCGCCAUUUCCCUCAUCUAUCCGCAGUCCGUGACAGUCUACCAAGUUGACGACUUGCCGAAUUCUUCUGGCGAAACCAACACCACUGGUUUUCUCAACACAUUCCUUGAUAGUGUCGAUGGCAGUUACUGUAGCUACUCAGCCUAUGGCAUUACAGGAGACAGCCCUGGCAUUGACGCAUCGUAUCCUGAUUCCUUGCCGGGCGGAUACAAAGGAAAACUGGAAUGCGGCACAUACGAACUCACCCGUGUCGUCUCGAUAUCCUACGGAGAGGCAGAAGUGUAUCUCCCUAAGCCAUAUGUUGAGCGUCAAUGCAAUGAAAUCCUCAAACUCGGUCUUCAAGGUCACACGAUCCUCGUUGCCAGUGGCGAUUACGGUGUAGCCAGCUUCCCGGGAAGCAAUGGCGACGAAGAAGGUUGUCUGAGCACAAAUACCAUGAACGGUACCAUCUACAACCCCGACUACCCUGCCGGCUGCCCUUAUAUAACUGCAGUUGGUGCGACGAGGCUAUACCCGAAUGACACCGUCCAUGAUCCCGAAUCUGCCAUGCAGGUUAACCUGACUGCCUUCAACAUCGCCACUGGCGCCGGCCCAACGAGCGAGCCCUACGACUUCUUCGCUACUGGCGGUGGUUUCUCGAACUACUUUAAACCCGCCUUUUUCCAGGCCGAAGCAGUUGCUUCCUACUUGGAAAAGGACCUGCCAUUCCAAAAGCUUCCUUACUAUGAGGCCAACGCCGACGGUACCAAUAUCGGCGAGAAUGGCGGCGUCUACAAUCGCAUUGGUCGUGGUUAUCCAGACGUCUCGGCGAAUGGAGCUUUCUUGCUCACCUACGUGAAUCAAACGCAAGGCACCUUCUUCGGUACUUCAUUGGCCUCGCCUAUUUUUGGAGCUGUUGUCACGCUUCUUAACGAGGAGCGCACUGCUAUUGGCAAGGGACCUAUCGGAUUUAUCAACCCUGCGUUGUAUGCCAACCCAUCUGUUCUCAACGAUAUCACGAAUGGUUCGAAUCCCAACUGCGGGUCCGAAGGCUUCCAGGCGUCCCAGGGAUGGGACCCUGUUACCGGACUUGGAACUCCAAACUACUCUCGUAUGCGGGAGUAUUUCUUGAGCUUGCCAUAG